UAAUGAUUUGAGUUUGUUACGUUUGAGAGUGCGAAAGGCCACUAUGGGAACGCCACCCUCUGAAUCUAACGAGGCUUCAUCAGAUCACGUGGUUGAGCUCAUUGUGUGCGAUGCAUCAGCACCUUCUUCUGCUGUUACCGAUGCCGACGCCGAUACCGAUUCUGAUGAUAAAGACCAAAUUGCCCCUCUCCUCUCCCAUUCCGAGAGACCCAAGAUCAACAUCUUCACGGCUUCUUACCCUCGCAGAAAACCCAGAGAUGAAGUGACCAGAUUACUUGAGUCGGAGACAUCUCCUUUAAUUCAGUUUGCAUUGUGGGUAUGGAAUGGGUCCAGAUACUCUGGUUUACUUUGUAUGGCGCUCUCAUCUACCAUUUACUUUGUAAUGGGAGUUCUGACCAAUAUUUUUUCUGUUCAGGCAAUUCCUUUGUUUGAGACUGCUUUUACAAGAUGUGCAAUUAUCUUGAUACUGUCAUAUUUGUGGUUGAGAAGGAGUGAACAGCCACUAUUUGGAACAUCCCAUGUUAGAAUCAUUUUACUUUUAAGGGCCCUUACAGGUUGUAUAUCGAUGUCUAGUUUUGUAUAUUGCUUUCAGAGGUUGCCUUUCUCUUAUGCUAUUGUAUUGAAUUCAACAACUCCUAUUAUGGCUUCAAUUAUGGCAAGGGUUUUUUUGCGUGAGAAAUUAAAAAUUGCUGAUAUUGCAGGUCUUGCUUGUAGUUUCUUUGGUGUACUGUUCUUCUUUCGAGAAAUGCUUGCUACACAAGGACAGUUAGUCAAAGCUAAGGAAGCAAGUAAUGCAUAUGCUAAGACAGGUCAUAUAUUUGCUAUCCUAUUCGGCAUCUUUUCAUCAAUACUUGGUGGAACUAGUUACUGCCUUAUAAGGGCUGGAGCUAAGGCUUCAGAUCAGCCACUGUUGACUGUCUUUUCAUUUGGCUUACUGGCUAGCCCUGUGAUGGGUAUAUGUACUUAUAUCUUUGAGGAAUUUGUGCUACCAGGAUUCCAGUCAAUUUUACUUAUGCUUGUACUUAGUAUUCUGGCCUUCUUUGCUGAGGUCUUGUUGGCACGAGGACUGCAACUUGAGAGAACUAGUAAAGUUGCCAACAUACAGUACUUGGAGGCAGCGCUAGCUCAAUUUUGCAGCCUUGCUUUGACAAGAGUCGUGGCUCCGUCUUUUGAUCACCUCGCUGGGGUUUUACUUAUUGUUAUCUCUGUAUGUUGCACUUUGUAUAUAGGACCUGACAAGGAGAUGGAAUGAUAUAGAUUCGAGUCAUGUAUUUUUGUUAGGUUUGGGGCUAAAUAUGAUGUUAUCAUUUGUUAAUUCAACUUGUUAAUAUAAAGUCUAGUCUCGUUUAUUUUU